AUGGAAUCCAAAUUUCAACUCUUUUUCUUUACCUUUUUCCUUCUCAUUCUCACCAUUCAUGCACAAACACUUGCAACUUACAUAGUUCAGUUGCACCCUCAUGGCACAACCAAGUCUUUGUUCACUAACAAACUUGAAUGGCAUCUUUCAUUUAUACAACAAACUAUUUCAUCUGAUGAAGACCCUUCCUCACGCCUACUAUACUCGUACCGUUCCGCCAUGGACGGUUUCGCAGCUCAGUUAACCGAGGCUGAGAUUGAGUAUUUACAAACAAGUCCUGAUGUUAUCUCUAUUAGACCAGAUAGGAAUCUCCAGAUUCAAACCACAUACUCGUAUAGGUUCUUAGGACUCAACCCUGCGAGAGAAAAUGGUUGGUAUCAAUCUGGUUUCGGCCGUGGAACCAUAAUUGGUGUGCUUGAUACCGGAGUUUGGCCAGAGAGUCCUAGCUUUGUUGAUCAUGAUAUGCCUCCGGUUCCGAAGAAAUGGAAAGGUAUAUGCCAAUCAGGCCAAGCCUUUAACUCUUCCAAUUGUAACAAAAAACUCAUUGGUGCAAGGUACUUCACCAAAGGCCAUUUGGCAGUAUCACCUACAAAAAUUCCGGAAUAUCUUUCUCCAAGAGACUCUUCUGGACAUGGAACACACACUUCAUCUACUGCCGGUGGAGCUCCGGUGCCAAUGGCGAGUGUUUUCGGUUAUGCAAAAGGUGUGGCAAGAGGAAUGGCUCCUGGUGCUCACAUUGCAGUAUACAAAGUUUGCUGGUUCAAUGGCUGCUAUAACUCUGACAUCAUGGCUGCAAUGGAUGUUGCAAUCAGAGACGGUGUCGACGUCCUAUCCUUGUCUCUAGGUGGUUUUCCUGUGCCGCUAUACGAUGAUAGUAUUGCAGUUGGAAGCUUUAGAGCAAUGGAGAAAGGAAUUUCGGUUAUAUGUGCAGCAGGAAACAAUGGCCCAAUGGCAAUGUCUGUUGCCAAUGAUGCUCCUUGGAUUGCAACUAUUGGUGCAAGCACACUUGACAGGAAAUUCCCGGCUAUAGUUCGCAUGGCGAACGGACAAAUUCUAAUCGGAGAAUCCAUGUAUCCAGUAAACAACAGAAUGGCAAGCAAAAGCAAAGUACUUGAGCUGGUUUACCUAACUGAUGGUGAUACCGAGAGUCAAUUUUGCCUCAAAGGCUCUCUUCCAAAAGACAAAGUUCAAGGAAAAAUGGUGGUAUGCGACCGCGGUGUCAACGGAAGAUCAGAAAAAGGUCAAGCUGUGAAGGAAGCAGGUGGUGCUGCUAUGAUCUUAACAAACACAGAGCUAAACUUAGAAGAAGAUUCAGUUGAUGUUCAUCUCUUGCCUGCAACAUUGGUAGGAUUCGACGAAUCAAUCAUCUUGAAAGCUUACAUAAACUCCACAAAAAAACCACUUGCUAGGAUCGAAUUCGGAGGAACUGUAAUCGGGAAAUCUCGAGCACCAACAGUCGCAAUAUUCUCAGCUCGAGGACCGAGUUUUACAAACCCUUCAAUCCUUAAACCAGAUGUUAUAGCUCCAGGAGUCAACAUCAUUGCUGCAUGGCCUCAGAAUCUCGGUCCAACCGGCUUACCAGAAGACAAUAGAAGAGUAAACUUCUCUGUCAUGUCAGGUACCUCAAUGUCCUGUCCUCAUGUCAGCGGAAUCGCGGCUCUUAUCCGUUCGGCUCAUCAAAACUGGAGCCCUGCAGCUAUCAAAUCAGCAAUCAUGACAACAGCAGAUGCAACAGACCACACAGGAAAACCGAUACUCGACGAAGACAAACCUGCUACAUCUUUUUCAAUGGGAGCCGGAAACGUGAAUCCACAUCGAGCAUUAAAUCCAGGACUAAUAUACGAUAUCAAACCAAACGAUUACGUCAACCAUCUUUGCAGCAUUGGUUACACAAACUCAGAGAUAUUCAGCAUCACACACAAAAAUAUUAGCUGCCAUGCAAUCAUGCAGAAGAAUAGAGGCUUCAGCCUUAACUAUCCUUCUAUAUCAGUGAUUUUUAAAGACGGAACGAGUCGAAAAAUGUUCAGCAGGAAGGUAACAAAUGUAGGAAAUCCUAACUCCAUCUACUCAGUGGAAGUUGUAGCACCUCAAGGAGUAAAAGUGAUAGUGAAACCAAAGAAGCUAGUAUUUAAACAAGAAAAUCAAAGCUUGAGCUACAAAGUUUGGUUUAUAUCAAGAAAAAGGGUUACCAUGAACUUUGCAGAAGGACAUUUGACAUGGAUACACUCAGAAAAUGGUUCUUACAGAGUUAGAAGCCCAAUAGUAGUGAGUUGGAAGACUAAGUAG